AUGCCUUCGUGGAGCGACGGAGAAAGCACCGACGACAGCCUCCUCUCGGAGUUCGACCACGGGCACAACAUUAGCCCCCGUCCACCGAUGCCAGAGAGCAUUUUAUUGCAUGAGUUCACUGGGUAUGAGGAUUGUGAUAUGAGAUGCAAGCAUGACAUGCCUAUGUAUAGGUAUGUUUGCUUUGAAGGGGCAAACACUGGUAGGAGAUUCCUUGGAUGUGGAUGUAAGGAGGAGGUCAUGUGUGAUACAGUUCACUGGGUUGAUCAUGAGUGGCCAUGUACACUGAAGAAAUCUCUGGUCAAAAUUUGGACUAUGUAUGAGGAGGAGAGGGACUCAAGGAUCCAUGGGAAUGUGGAGUAUGCUACUAAGAAUUACCAGCUAGUCCUACAGAAAAAGGAGUUAGAGAAGAAGAACUUGGAGCUACAUAAGCAGUUAGGUGACACUCUGGAGUAUGUUGCAGAGGCAACCAGCCAUGAGCUUGAGGUUGCAAAGAGGCAGGAGGCAGAGCUACAGGUGGCUAGUUUGAAGGAAGAAAAGAAGAAGCUGGAGUUUGAGAUGGCAAGGAGGCUGAAGGCAGAAGAAGAUGUUGCCACUUUGAUGGAAGAGAAGAAGAAGGUGGAGGUUGAGGUUGCAAAGAGGCUACAGGCAGAAGGAAUAAUUGCCAGUUUAAAGGAAGAAAAGAGACAGCUGGAGUACUAUGUGGCAGAUCUUCUCAAGGCCCACCAUGCACACAAGGAAAAGAUGAAGAAAAUAGCUGAGAUCUGUAGUCUUGAAUGA